AUGCAACUGGCCUCGCAAUGCCUCCGUCACUUGAAUAGAGCACGCCUUGGCCAGCGGCAACCACAUCAAGGACUUGAUGUGAUUCGACGAACGGCCUCGACUCUACCAAGGACCGCUUGCAAAAGUUUACGCAAGUCUAGCGCGGGAGUACGCAGUUUCAGCACCGGAUCCCUCGCAUCCAAUUGUCCGUCAUCGAGCUCCCCCUUUCCACGUCCUGUCGUCGGUCCGAUCGCCUUGAUGCGCACCCUAAAGAGGCAGCGGGAACAUAGCCUCAACAUCGACUCGUCAAGGAACACCUGGUCCCUGGGCGAGUCCAACCUCGGACUGGUGAACGUACCUGAUAACGAGAACGAUGCCUGCCUCUGGCUCAGAAUCCUUGUUGCCGCGAAGAGAGAGCAUAAACGGGAGGGCGUGUUGGCUGUUUGGAAAGCCGUGGAGCGGCGCAAGUCACUGUACGAUGUGACAAGCGAAGGGGCAAAGUCGUUUUGGAGUACCAUCUUGAAAGAUGUCCUCCACGACGAGAACAGGCUUAAGGACGUGUUACUUUUUUCAGAGUGGUUACUUCAUGCACAUUCUGCGCAAUGGCCGUCACUAUACUCGAUGACAAUAUCGUACUGUCUGCGCAAUGGCCAGUAUCGCAGAGCGAUGCAGUGGCAUUUGCGAUUGAUGCCGAAGUUUGAUCCUGGGCCAGAAGAUUUCGGCACCCUGCUGCAGGAGUUUGUCGUCAUUCCUGAGGCUGAUAUGCAACAGACACUGCAAGCUCUCUAUGUCACAUCCCUACACCGCAGCUUGUACGAUGAGCUCAUACCUCUUCUCUAUCGCAGCGGCCGUUCUCAACACUGCAACGGAUGGCGCAGUCUACUUAUACAUCACCACGACCUGCCUCGACCAACAGCCGAGUCGCAGCCAUACUUGAAAUACCUCGCUCGAUACUAUCCAACCGUCACUCUCGAGCUGGAGGAGCAGAUGGUCUUGGGCCUGAACUCACCAGCCUAUUGGGACGUUCAGGAUGACUCACUUUGGGAUGCUAUGAAGGGCGCGCAUGGUGACGAAGGCGGUCCUCCGGGGAGGCGACACAACGAUGCUCUGGGCGCACGAUGGUUCGCAAGUUCCUGGGUACCACUCGACUUCGCAAUCCAUGCUGUUCAUGCCUUGGGUGUACGCCAAAUCGGCCCUCUAUCGUUGCAGUCGAUUGCAUUGCGCGAGCCCACAGCGCACAGUGUCGUGGCUCGUAUUGAGCAGUUGCGGAAAAUCAACAUUAGCAUCGGACAAUCAGCGUACUCGCGGGUUCUCAAGCGAUUUGCUGAGAACGAGAACAACGAACUGCUAUACGAGUUGCUGCACACCGACAUCCACCCAGACGUCUUUGAUGAUCCGCUAGUGUUGGCGAGCAUUCGUGACAAAGCCCUGGAAGAGGGAGCCUGGAAGACGCACCGGCUACUGCUUGCGAUUCAACCUGCCAUAGUCGAAGAGUCGGUUGACUUGACUUCGAAUCUCUUGCUGCAAGAAAGCAUUAAGCAUGGACAAGGCAGACAGGCUUUGGCCUUGCUGGACGACAUGCGGUCCAUGAACAUCGAUGUGUCAACUUCGACAGUUCAGCACAUUUGCGCGAGCAUCCUUGACCUACUACCAUGGAACCCGAAGACGACUGCAACUAACCGAGAUGCUUGGAAUUUGGCUAUCGCCUAUCUUACGCGCCUGACGCUGCUCAGAAAGCCGGUCCACUCGCGUUACUGGCAAAAGAUUAUCUUCGGUCUUGGCAAGUUUGGCCGCAUUGGCGAGUUGGAGGACUUGUGCCUUGGCAUCAUCGACACUUAUGGAAAGCUAUGUGCUUCGGAGGGCGGUCUGCUGCCAGUUCACUACCUGGAUACGCCGCCAUCUGACGUAGAUGCCUCCGCAACAGACAUUCUUGUGCCAGCUGAUCUACCUAUCGCCCACGAACACCACCCGGUGCGCCGGAUCUUCGACAAUUCCGCUUUGCACGCUGCAAUUGUGCGAUGGGGGUUCAAGGCAGGCAUCUCGAAAUGCUGCAGUACUUGGGACAUGGUUUCAAGCAACACGACAGCCACAUCCGAGUACUCCGUCGCACGGGGUGUGCGGUUUCUGGCUAUACUUCACGAAAGAGGGAUCCCAUUCCGGGUAGCCGUCGUUCAAGAGGAGGUCGUAAAGUGCCUGGCUAAAGCAUAUCUGCUCCAGGAUAAGAAAGCAUCUCGCACGAAAGCUGGCCUGCCGCCACUUGCAGCCAUGAGCGAACUGUUCAACCAAGCAGCCGGGCGUGAUUUGCUGCCAAAUAUUGCCGAGCUGCGAGACCUGAUGGAGGGUGUCCAGGAAAGGUCACACAACAGACUAUGA